AUGUCGUUCAACAACAGUAAGGACCUCUCAAUCGGCCUCACUCCGCCAUCUUCGGCCGCCCGCCUCCACACCAGAGCUGUCUUGCUAACCUAUUGCCUAGACCCUCAAGCUGCCGCCGGUGCUUCGAAGGACGAUCCGUUCGCUCGUCACCUCAACCCUUUCAUGCCGAAGCGCGCCGAUACCGGUGCUCAGCUCUCCACGCUCAACAACCGCAUGCGCGGCCUUGCUAUGGACCUCUACCUGAAGGAGGAGGAAGUCAGGUUGCUACGCGAGAACGUCGCGCGUCUCUCGGACCCCGAACGUGCUUCGGAGGCAGAAAUCAUCGCCAGCAAGGAUGCCGACAUCGCGGCCCUGCACCAAGAGCUCUGGAGAGCGAACCAGAAGAACGAGAGCACGGACCGGACGGCCCGGCUGCAACGCGAACACAUCCAGGUCCUGCAGCGAGACUUGAACAAGUGGAAGAACGUUGGCGAUGUCGAGGCCCUGCAGGUGGCGCUCGAGCAGAAGAACGAGGAGUUGACGGAGGUCUGUGCCGACCUGGAGGCCUUCAAGUUCGAGCGGACGCAUGACAAACAGACGAUCAAGACGCACGCCGAGCAGAUCGAGCAGCAGAAACAGGAGAUGAACCACCAGGCCGCGGUCAUCGAAGCGCACCAGCAGGAGAUGCAGCGUAGGGACGCCGAGGCCGUCGAGAAGAUCCAGCAGUUGGAGGAGCAGCUCAAGCAGGCCGCGUCGGAGGCCGGCCAGUACAUCGCGAAGCUCGAGCAAGACCUGAAGCACCGCGCGCCAGAUUCGGAGACGAUGAAGAAGCUCACCGACGCCCAGGUCCAGAUCGGGAAGCUCCGCGCGAGCGCCACGCUCGCAGAGCGGAAUCUAGGCAACAUUGUGCGCUCGAAGCUCGUGGGCGCGGUCUUCCUGAGGCGCCCAGACCCCUCCACCAUCCUGACAGAGGAGGUCCUAUGCUGCUACAAUUGCUGGGCCCGCAACGAGCAGUGCGACAACAAGGUCGUAUGUCGGCGCUGUGCCGACAACCGGGUGCCGUGCCGCCGCUGGCGCUGCGCGGCGUCCGUCGUUGGGGAGACCGUAUGCCCUAGAGUGAACUGCCCGCAUAACCACGACUGGAACGGAUGGCUGAAGGCGGAGGUCAAGCGCCCUGUAUGGUGGCUUCAAGGCGCUAUUAGGCGCGUCAAGAUGGUGCUGUGGUGGGUCUGA